UCCGAGAAGUGACGUGUGUCCUCGGCAUGUCUGGUGACGUGUCUCUCCGGCUCUCUCUUUCCUCUCGGAGCGGCUGAUGGAGCCACACUGACUCCACUGAGCACUCAAACUGGUCCCACUAACACGGCAGGAGUCGGCCUACGGACACCAUGGGGAUUAAAUUUUUGGAGGUCAUCAAGCCGUUCUGUGCGGUCCUGCCAGAAAUUCAGAAACCAGAAAGAAAGAUUCAGUUUAGAGAAAAAGUACUAUGGACUGCCAUCACACUAUUCAUCUUUCUGGUGUGCUGCCAGAUUCCACUCUUUGGCAUCAUGUCAUCAGAUUCAGCAGAUCCCUUCUACUGGAUGAGAGUAAUCCUGGCUUCCAACAGAGGUACUCUGAUGGAGUUGGGUAUAUCACCCAUUGUCACCUCAGGCCUUAUCAUGCAGCUGCUGGCUGGUGCCAAGAUCAUUGAGGUGGGAGACACUCCAAAGGACAGAGCACUCUUCAAUGGAGCUCAGAAAUUGUUUGGAAUGAUCAUCACCAUUGGACAAGCCAUUGUAUAUGUUAUGACUGGCAUGUAUGGAGACCCUUCAGAGAUGGGUGCUGGGAUAUGCUUGCUCAUCAUCAUUCAGCUCUUUGUUGCAGGUCUGAUUGUAUUGCUGCUGGAUGAACUGCUCCAGAAGGGCUAUGGUCUUGGAUCUGGCAUUUCUCUCUUCAUCGCAACCAAUAUCUGUGAGACCAUCGUCUGGAAGGCAUUCAGCCCUACCACCGUCAACACCGGCAGAGGUACUGAGUUUGAGGGAGCUAUCAUUGCUCUCUUCCAUCUGCUGGCCACUCGCACAGACAAGGUGCGUGCCCUGAGAGAAGCCUUCUACAGGCAAAACCUGCCCAACCUCAUGAACCUCAUCGCCACCGUCUUUGUGUUUGCAGUGGUAAUAUACUUCCAGGGCUUCAGAGUGGAUCUGCCCAUCAAGUCCGCACGCUACCGUGGCCAGUACAACACCUACCCCAUCAAACUGUUCUACACCUCCAACAUCCCCAUCAUCCUGCAGUCUGCCCUGGUCUCCAAUCUCUAUGUAAUUUCUCAGAUGCUCUCAACACGUUUCAGCGGCAACUUCUUGGUCAACCUGCUGGGAACCUGGUCUGACACUUCAAGUGGAGGACCAGCUCGGGCCUACCCAGUGGGCGGUCUCUGCUACUACCUCUCUCCUCCAGAGUCAUUUGGUUCGGUUCUAGAUGACCCAGUUCAUGCUGUUAUCUACAUUGUCUUCAUGCUUGGCUCUUGCGCUUUCUUCUCCAAGACCUGGAUUGAGGUUUCAGGAUCCUCUGCCAAAGAUGUGGCGAAGCAGCUGAAGGAGCAGCAGAUGGUCAUGAGAGGACACAGAGAGACCUCUAUGGUGCAUGAACUCAACAGGUACAUCCCUACAGCUGCUGCAUUUGGUGGGCUCUGUAUAGGAGGGCUGUCUGUCAUGGCUGACUUCCUGGGUGCCAUCGGAUCGGGUACAGGAAUCCUCUUGGCUGUGACCAUCAUCUACCAGUACUUUGAGAUCUUUGUCAAGGAGCAGAGUGAAGUUGGCAGUAUGGGAGCGCUGCUCUUCUAGAAAAUGUCUUCUGAUAGACAUCAGACACAAAGAAUCCACCCCCAUCUUUUUUUUUUUUUUUUUUUUUUUUUUUUUUAAUUUUGCAUUUUUUUGCAAGUCGCACAAUCAGUGAAUUUUGCAGCUGGGGUAGGUAAUUUUACUGCACCACCUCUGUUUCCCAUCUUACUGCUCUUGCGUGUCAAUGCUGAGAAAACUGUUUUGGUCACUCCCAGGGUUGAGCAUAGUAUUGUGUCUCUUCAGUCAUUUUAUAUUCCAGUAGCAAUUACCCAUCUGUCUGCCAGCUGCCUAAAUCCCCACUGACUGUCUUAUUAGCUGAAGAAUGCCUAAAUACACACAAGUGUGAGGUGCUGUCUUCAACUUACCUUAGGCAUUGUUCACUGCAACAUGUUCAAGGAACACUAAGACAGCAACAGCAUGUUGAUGCUUAUCUCAAGCUGAAAGUACUGUGCCAGGACAUUUCGGGGCAGUUGAAAGAAAGCCAUGUCAUGUUCACCACCUAGCCGUCAUGUUUGCGGUUUCUAGGAGCCUACAUUAGGAUAUGAAAAGUGUAAAUAACAUGCUUGUACUCCUGGUUAGGUUUCUGGUAAUCUCAGACAAACUGUCGGUGGUUUUCAUUUACCUUUAUUUUGAUUUUAAACAAUGGACUAUGUUUAUAUUCACUCUGGUCUUAUGUAGGGCACAGUGUUCGUCCUCCAUCUCUGGGUCCUCAAAGAAAGUGUUUGUGUCGUCAUGCUCUUUUAUUCCCAGACUGAAUCGCUGCACAAAACUGCCGAGAUGGUCGGGAUGAGGGUGGGUUUGAUAGGGAUGAAAAAGGGGUUUCAUUUUUGUUUUUACUUUAUGUAACAGACAUAAUUGUGUUAUUAAAAAAAACAGGAUUUGUUUUCCAACAUA